AUGACUGAAACAACAUUUAGCUAUCAGUUAGCCUCAUUAACGCCAGCAUUCAAUCUGUCUCUAACAUCGGCACCCUCCUCCGCUUUCUCAUCAAAAUCCAUCGUGCUUUCUCAUCAAAAUCAACUUCCGUUGUUGAAAUGGUCCGUUCGAAUCAUCGGCGGGCUGUUAAUUAUCAUCGGUGGUAUUGGAAAUACACUAUCCGCGUUAACAUUAAGCCGAAAGAAAUUACGAGCGCAAGUCACAUCUAUUUAUCUCAUAGCUUUAGCAUUAUCUGAUCUUGGGAAUGUUUUUUUCAGUGUUUUGAAUUUCUAUCUCGUUCGAUUGGAUCCGAACCAAAACAUGCGUUUGUAUAAUAAUCUUUCCUGUAAAUUCCACAUAUUUUUCACCUACUACUUCAUUAAUCUCUCACCGACAUUACUCGUCGCUGUCAGUGUACAACGUUAUCUUGCCAUAGCUAAACAUCAUUACUCUAAGAAGCACUGUACAGUCAAGAAUGCUUACACUGUUAUUGGAUUGAUUUGUUUGGUUUCAUUUAUCAUUCAGUUACACUGGGGGAUUUUCUAUGAAUUAGAAAGGAUUCCAGUUCAUCAAAGUUCAUUGUCAUUGAAUCGCACGAUCGUCUAUCGACAUGUUUGUAACAUCUCGUUAAAUUAUCCUUCGUACCUAUGGUUUCGUUCACAUAUGUUAGGCUAUAUACAAUGGUUCCUCUUUACGCUAUGUCCAUUUAUAAUCAUGUUAAUACUUAAUUCGUUGAUCUUGAAAGUGAUCGCAUCGGCACGUCGAAUUCAACAACGUAUGAACCAAAAGAAUAAUCGUAAACGAGCUAAGCAGCGAAAUAUGACAAUUAUGCUCCUCUCUGUUUCCUGUGUAUUUAUUUUAUUAACAGCGCCGGCGUCGACAUUCAUGGCAUUUGGACAUUUAUUUCGAAAUCUUCAUGGACAAAAAUCACAAUCUCUAUGGACAAUGUUUUCCUUGAUUUACUAUGCAAAUACGGCCGCAAAUUUCGUUCUGUAUUUUCUAACAGCGAAUGUGUUUCGACAGGAACUCCGCGUCAUGAUUUUAUCUCUACCAGGAUGUUCAAAAAUCUUUCCUGAACAAUGUGAAUUAAUACGAACGAAUACCAAUCAAGGUGCAGACGUUGUUGGUAUGGAAAGAAAAUUCACGACGAUACGGAGAACGCAGUACACAACAGUGCCGUUAGUCACAUCAAUCGCGUUGCCUUGCGACGAAGAGAAUUGCAAUGGACUGAAGAAAAACUCGGGCUCCACAAAUAUUUUGAAAGUUAAUUCGAACACGCGUUUGCUAAGUGUAACUCAUGCUUAUCCGAGUUUUAGCGGAAUAUCCGAUGAAGGACAUUCGAAAUUAUGA